AAGACAUCCGCUGUUAGCUAGCUGGCUGAGCUAUGUUUACUUUUUGUCCGUGAACAAUUGAAAGUAACUUCACGCCUUGUUGUUAAAUACGUAUUUUAUCGAAAGACUAAUGUUGUACUUCUCUGCGCACUAAGUGGCGUACCACAAAGAAAGGAAGCGAUGAACUUCCAGGGCAGUCGUAGGCGAGGAGAGGAUGUCAUCGCCAUGGUGAUUGAUUUCCUGCUGUCUAAUGCCCAGCUGGUUCUGGGAGUCGGUGGCGCCGCCGUGCUCGGAAUCGCUACUCUGGCAGUGAAACGGCUGAUCGAGCGCGCGGGCCGUGCAGCUGACGAUGACGAAAAAGCGAAGCAGAAGAUGGCCGAGAGCUGGGAGGAGUUGAGUCUGGCCUCUGCUUCCCCAACUAUGAUCAAGAAGGGCAUUGAGGAAGUGGUGAUGAAACAUGUUGCCAAGGCAGCCAGACAGCAUAAAGCUGAUCUUUCACAACAGCCUCAGACGUCCUCUCCGGAGGCGCCGUCCAAACCCGAGUCAAAGUCCGAGAGAGCCCAGCUGAGCGUCCUCAGUUUGCAGGAGCGACUGCAGCUGUUCUAUCACACGAGGGUGGCACUAGCUCCAGAUGAGGUCCGCAGGGCUCAGUCUCUGGCUGUGGACAUCUGCAGUGAGAUCCAGGGCUUUCUGCACAGCCGUCUCCCCGACAUGCCCCUGGGAGAGAUGAGCCUCGGGGGUUCUCUCCUGGACGACCUGCAGGUGGUCAGUGCGGACCACGCGUGUCUGCUGGUGCCUCUCCAGCUGGAAGCCUCUCUGUGGCGUCUCAUCCCGGGAGAGGAGACGCUGCUCACACACCCGCUGCACUGGAUGGUCCAACGGGUCAAUCUGGAAUAUUUCCCCAAAGGACUCAGCUACUGGGACAGGCACCUGGUGGGCAGUUACCUGUCUGCAGAAGCGGUUGUGAACAUGUUCAGUAAAGCUGUGAUGGAAACGAUGAACUGGCUGUCCAUCAGCAGCACCAUGGACUGUCUGGUCCGACCUGUGCAGGGAGGACCACACCUGAGACUGGAGAUUCGGCCUGGAAAUGAAGCCGGCAUGGCGAGCAGCGCGCCGCCCCUGUUCAUCUCCAUGCUGCCUCUGCUGAGGGAGGAGGACGUGGUUCUGACCGCCCAGCCGGAGCUCACCUCUCCCUGGGUCACCGCCUGGCACAUGUCUCUCUACCCGUGGGAGAAUCGGCGGCUGACGCAGCUCGACGACGCCGACGGCGGCUACCGCCGCCACGCGCUCAAGACCCUGAAGGCGGUGUGCAGACUGAACCCCUCCCUGCGGCCGCUCGGCGCCGCGCCGCUGGCCAACCUCAUCCUGCACCUGAGCGACGGUGAAAGCGACUGGUCCGAGAUCAGCCUGCACGUGAGGUUCCAGCAGUGCGUCGCGGAGCUGAUUGGCUACCUGGAGCGAGGGGCGUUGCACAGCUACUUCAAGCCAGCUGUCAAUCUGCUGAGCGGCUUGUCGGAGGACCAGGUGGACCAGAUGGGUUUCAUGCUGUACUGCGCUGUGUCAGAGCCUGAAAUACUGCUUAUGUAACGUGUCUGGACACGGAACACAAGCUCUGACACACACACACACACACACAGAGAUCAAAGGAGUCAUCUUUCAUCGGUCAGCGCUAUGACGUUGUGUUCUUCCCCCUGCGUGCUCCCGGUUCUUUAGCUCCUCCGCAAAGGGAGAAGCGGGCGAAACGAACCUCUCACGAGGAAAGGAGGCGUGCCGAGGAAAGGAGCUGUGGGAGUGUUCGUCAACAACAUGACUUGAUGCUUCAGGAUGUGCCUGAUCAGAACACCACAGCCACCAAAAGUCUGCAUUUAAGUUUGAAUGUUUUUUGUUUUCUCACAGGGAGUCGGCGGUGGUCAGCGUGGCCACGCACAGCUCAGACCGAAUUACCGCAGAGGUCAGUUUAUUGCCUCUGACUCAUGGCGUGUGCUCUGCAUUAAUUUUCCUAAAUCUCCUUUAAUAUAAUGUAACUACGCAGGAAAUUAAUAACCUGCCUAAUACCAACCGGUUUUAAUGCACUUAUAAAAGUAUUUAGUUUGUCUAACUUAUUUACGCAAAGGGUAUAUUUUUAUCAUACUAAAGGUUCCGGUGUGCAGUACUUUUGUCUGGUUUGGUGUUCAGUCUGUUGCCAAUUGUAUUUGGGUUAACUAACCCUUUAUAUUAUGAUUAAAGUUGCCUCAAAAUUGUAUGCAGUUGCUUUUAAAUACUGUGUGAAUGUUGUGACCAUUUCACUUGCCGAGUGACGGAACAUGUAUUUUGUGCGAUUGAACAGUUUACAUACAAAUUAAAGCGUUUGUUUAGAUUCUU